UUCCCCUUCCCCUGCGCUCCGCAGGCCGGCCGAGCUGUCCAAUGCUCACCCGGGGCUGGAAGGAGGAGCCUGCGUACAGUGCGCGUGAAGGGAGCUCGCGGGGCGGGCCGGGUUCCCCACGGUGUUUGACCGCUCAGCCGGCGAGCGAGAAGAAAGGAAAAGAAGCGGCGGUGCACAGCUGCGGUUGCCGAAAUGUUCCGGUGUGGAGGCCUGGCAGCGGGGGCUUUCAAGCAGAAGCUGGCGCCUUUGGUGCGGACUGUGUGUGUCCGAGGCCCAAGGCAGAGGAGCCGGCUCCCAGGCAACUUGUUCCAGCGAUGGCAUGCUCCUCUAGAGUUCCAGAUGACAAGACAGAUGGCGAGCUCUGGUGGAUCAGGGGGCAAAAUCGAUAAUUCUGUGUUUGUCCUUAUUAUGGGCUUAUCAACAAUAGGAGCUGGUGCAUAUACCUACACAACUUUAAAAGACAACAAAAAACGAUACGAUGAAAGGAUGUCAAGGUUAGGGCUGAGACCAGAAGAGAAACAGAAAAUGGCCUCAUCGUCCGCUUCGGAAGGAGAGGCGGGUCCUCAAGUCAGGGUCCCCAGUCAUGUUCCAUUCCUGCUCAUCGGAGGAGGUACUGCUGCUUUUGCUGCAGCCAGAUCCAUUCGGGCUCGGGAUCCUGGGGCCAGGGUACUGAUUGUAUCUGAAGAUCCUGAGCUACCGUACAUGCGGCCCCCGCUUUCAAAAGAACUGUGGUUUUCCGAUGAUCCCAAUGUUACAAAGACAUUACGAUUCAAACAGUGGAAUGGAAAAGAGAGAAGGUGAGUUCACGUCUAGACA